CUGCCCCUCCCACUACGUCCUCGCUCCCGCGUUCCGUGCGUCAUGACGCAGCCGGUCCGCCGCGCGAGGAAGUGGCGCUGUUGUUUGAGCGACGGGACCGUCUCGCUCUGUCUCGUGGGUUCAUCUGAAGAGCUUUUAUCGUGUUUCGGUGAGUUCUGCCGUUCAUGAACGAGGACUGACCGCGCUCAACAGCUCUCUCGUGCCGUCCGGUCAACAUAAUCGCGAGUAAUGGCUGCUGAGGUCAAUGGCAGCUCUGGUCUGGCCAAAGAAGAAGAAGAGCCCAUGGACGUGUCGGUCACACACUCGGAGAACUACCAGACGCUGCUGGACGCCGGACUGCCGCAGAAGGUCGCCGAGAGCCUGGACAACAUCUUUCAGACCGGUCUGGUGGCGUACGCGGAUCUGGACGAGCGGGCGCUGGACGCGCUGCGGGAGUUCAAUGAGGAGGGGGCGCUGUCGGUGCUGCAGCAGUUCAAGGAGUCGGACCUCUCACAUGUGCAGAACAAGAGCGCCUUCCUGUGCGGCGUGAUGAAGACGUACCGACAGAGGGAGAAGCAGGGCAAUAAAGUGCAGGAGUCGACGAAAGGCCCCGACGAGACCAAGAUAAAGGCUCUGCUGGAGAGGACGGGGUACACUCUGGACGUCACUACAGGACAGCGGAAGUACGGCGGCCCGCCUCCAGAGGAAGUGUUCUCCGGCCCGCAGCCGGGCAUCGGCACCGAGGUGUUUGUGGGUAAGAUCCCGCGGGACCUGUACGAGGACGAGCUGGUUCCUCUGUUUGAGAAGGCCGGUCCGAUCUGGGAUCUGAGGUUAAUGAUGGAUCCGCUCACUGGGCAGAACCGCGGAUACGCCUUCAUCACCUUCUGCAGCAAAGAAGCGGCGCAGGAAGCUGUCAAACUGUGUGAUAACUACGAGAUCCGCUCGGGGAAAUAUCUGGGCGUCUGCAUCUCUGUGGCCAAUAACCGGCUGUUCGUUGGGUCCAUCCCCAAGAACAAGACCCGGGAGAGUAUCCUGGAGGACUUCGGCAAAGUCACAGAGGGUCUGCAGGAAGUGAUUCUCUACACGCAGCCGGACGACAAGAAGAAGAACCGCGGCUUCUGUUUUUUGGAGUAUGAGGAUCAUAAAUCGGCGGCUCAGGCCCGCCGCAGGCUCAUGAGCGGGAAGGUGAAGGUUUGGGGGAACCCUGUGACCGUGGAGUGGGCCGACCCUGUCGCCGAACCCGACCCCGAGGUCAUGGCCAAGGUCAAGGUGCUGUUUGUGCGUAAGCUGGCCACGCCGGUCACAGAGGAGCUGCUGGAGAAGACCUUCUCUCAGUUUGGCAAACUGGAGCGCGUCAAGAAGCUCAAAGACUACGCCUUCGUUCACUUUGAGGAGCGAGACGCUGCCGUCAAGGCGAUGCAGGAGAUGAACGGGAAAGAACUGGGCGGCGAGGAGAUCGAGACACACAUCGACACACAAUAUGGUACAAACGCCCUGCUGUGUCUCCGUUUCCUCCUGUGCAGGUAUGACGACUACUACUAUUACCCUCCUCCUCGCAUGCCUCCUCCGGGGCGCGGCCGCGGGCGUGGCGGCCGAGGCGGUUACGCUUACCCGCCCGAUUACUACGGUUACGAGGAGUACUACGACGACUACUACGGUUACGAUUACCACGACUACCGGGGCGGCUACGACGACCCCUAUUACGGCUACGACGACGGCUACACCAUGAGGGGGCGGGGCAGUCGUGGCAGCCGCGGAGCUCCGCCUCCUCCCAGAGCCCGCGCGGCGCCGCCCACCCGCGGCAGGGGCGGGUAUCCUCCGAGGGGCGGGGCUCCCAUGGCGGGGCGUGGCGGCCGCGGAGGGCGGGGCGGGCCCUUCCAGCCUCCCAGGGGCCGCGGCACCCGAGGCGCUCGAGGGAACCGCGGCGGCAAUGUGGGCGGGAAGAGGAAGGCCGACGUGUUCAACCAGCCGGACUCCAAACGCCGCCAGACCGCCAACCAGCAAAACUGGGGCUCGCAGCCCAUCGCCCAGCAGCCCCUGCAGCAGGGCUCCGACUACGCCUCCAGCUACGGUUACAGCAACGACACGCUCGAGUUCUCCCAGGAUUCCUACGGCCAGCAGUGGAAGUAGGAGCGCCUGCGCCACCUGACACCCACCCGCCCUCUUCCUGAGAAACAAGAUCGUGAUUGGCCAGCAGUGUUUGUUUGACUUUUCUAUCCUCCAAUAGCCCCGUAGAUUCUGUCCGUGGCCCUGAAGAGCCGCACGGCUCUGAAACAGACCACUUUUAUCCCUACAUCCUCCUUGUUUUAAAGUCCACGAUGAACAUUUUAAAAGAAGACACUGAUACUUCCGUGUGAGAGGACGUUCAAAUCAUGAAAUGGCCUUCCAGAAAGAUGUGUUGUCCUUCCCACAGUCCUCCGUUCUCCUCGUCUCUUUCUCUUUCUCUCAGUACUAGUGGCUUAGGGACUCGCUUGUAAAUAAUGGCUGUUGACUAGAGCUUCGUUUCAGCGUUUUGUUUUCUUUUCCUUUGUUUUUUGCAGAAGUGGAGAAAAGAAUCCACGAGAAGGAAAAAAAAGAGUUUUGUAGCAGGAUUUGCUGUUUAAGUGUCUGUUUAGCAUUUCUAGAAGUAGUUGAAUUGUGUUUUUUAAAAACUGAUAUACUGAUAUUAUAACUUCAGAUGUUUUUUUCCAUUUGGGAUUUGCUGGUGAGGGUUUUGGUCUGGCUUACCUUAAGAGCUACGGCCGGCUGGUCUGAUGUUUGUAUUUAUAACUUUUAUUUUUUGUUUGUUCAGUUUCAAUAAAACUCAAUCGAGCAACUUC